AGUGCACAUUAAAAAAGGAGCCCAUAAAAUCUUAGUGCCCUUUUUUAUUAAAAAUUUGUAAACUAUAUCUUCCUAAAGUGACAAAAUGGAAAAAGCUAUGGAGCUAGCUCGUGAUGCACCCAAGAGUAUGGUAGGCGCCUUAUUUUCCCCAGUUAACACAAAGCUAAGCAGUACCAAUCCAGCAGUAAAAUUCGAUGGGAACUUUUUAUACGUGUGGGCUAUGAUUUCUAUAUCCCUUUUUCUCGUUUUUCUACAUCAUCUCUAUUCGUUCUUCAGUAAAAAGUCGAACAGACUCUCCCUACUAUGGAACAGGAAACAAGAGGACAAUGAAAACGAGGAGGAAGAAACCGAAGGCGAAGAAGUAGCGGACCAAGAAGAGGCAGUGAAAAGUGACGAAGAUGAGGAUGAAGAAACAUUUUACGACGCCAGUGAUAAGGAGGUUUACCUAACAGAGCAAGAAGAAAAGGAUAAAGAAAAUGAAAUGUAUUUGACCGAAUCUGAAGGAAGAAAAAAAAUAAGAAAACUUAUAAGUGAAGCUGAUAAACAAGAUAAUCAGGCAGUUCUGUCCUACCUGGCAGAAUUGCCGGAAGAAGAAUUAGAGGAAUGGAAAAACCAAGAAUGGAAAAAAUAUAUGGAAAAUGUCGAAGAAGAAUGGCAACUUUUAAAUUUGUGGAUAGAAGAAGAAAAACAAAACUGGAUUGAGAGUAAAGACAAAGAAUUAGAAAACUGGAUGAACAAAAUGGAAAAUAAAUGUAUGCACAUAGAUAAUAUAAAUAAAGAAUACCAAUGCAUGUUUAUUAAGAGUUGCCUCAAAGGUGAUGACCAAAGUCAAAUAAAAGAACAGCUAAAACAUGAACUGAAGAAUUUUAUCUACCGCGAUUGGAAAAAGUGGCUGCGAGAAAAUGAGUCCUACUUAAAUACAUGGCUAGUAAAACAAUGGAUACAAUGGAAAAACAACAAAAUACUUAAAUUUUUGAUGGCUGAAUGGAAACAAGAAGAAGAUGAAUACUGGAACGAUUGGGAAAAAACAGAAACGUGGAAGUGGUUACAUUUCUAUAAGAGGAGAAAAUGGCAAACAUGGAAAAACAGAGUUACCAGUGAAAAACAAGAAUGGGAAAACUGGGUAAAAAUUAAAGAAGAACGAGUUAUAUACAAUAAAUAUAAAAAAUGGACCCAAUGGAUUAAUGCAAAAAAACCUUCUAUAAAUCAGUGGGUAGAAUCACUCGCUGACAAAUGCGUAAACGACUCCAGAUGGAAUACCUGGAUUGAUGAAAAAUAUAAUGAAUUCUUGCUGGAACAGAAAAUGGAAAAAAAAGAAAAACGAAAGGAAAAAAAAAAUUUAAUGAAAAAAUUUAAAAAUAAAAAAAACAAUCUAGCUUUCGCAUUUGAAUUCUUUGAAAAUAACCUUCAGUCCAUAAAGGAAGAAGAAGAGGAAGGAGAAAAUGCUCUUAGUGUGUAG